AUGUUUUCCAGGUCCGCUUUCUUCACGGGGCGUACUCCUCCAGUGCCUGAAGCCUUCCCAAAAAGUGCUACCGCUCGCGGAAAACAGAAGGACAAGAAUGAAUUGGAACAGAACCAAUCUGCACCCCAUUCGCCCUCCCCAGAGACAUCAAGAGCUUCGAGGUCCUCAAGUCCUAUCCAGCCCCAGUUGAGAGACUCGAUUAACAAGAGCUCUUCCAGUUUCAUCGGCAAGAACGCCAGCCCUGAUCAUCUAGAUGUUCUAGCUGAGGCGGCCACGUCGAGCCGUGCGAAGGGCGCAGAGACUGAGGCUCGCGCGCGCGAACUGAUUGAAAAGGAAGGUCUGAAUCAGGCUGAGAGGAUAAGCAGCAUGGCUGCUGAGAAAAGACACUUCGUUGAGAUGGUCCAAAAGCAAGCGGUCGAAGAGGCGACGGACCCCAACCACAAGAGUUUGUGUAAAAAAGUUGGAGAGAUGGUAGGGCAGGACCUCGCAGAAGUUACAAUUUACCCAAUGCUUGAUAUCGAGCAUAGUGAUAAGGCGAUGAUUGCAAGAGUCAAGAAUCUGCUUGGUCCUAGUAUUUCCGAAGAUGACGUUGUGCUCGGGAAGCCAUUUGUUGCUGAGCAGGAAGACAGUAUGGCAAUAUUGGAUGAUGAAUCGCUCUGCGGGAUUCUCGUGACAACACAAAGUCUCCGCGGGGCAGUCAGAGUUGCUGACCUUGCCAAUCUCAAGAAGCAAAGAGAGAAAGGUUUCGUCGGAUAUGGGGAGGUUAAGACCCACCCCAAAGAGCUGUGGGAUUCUCUUGUUAUGAUCGUCAAACGCGGUCAAAAUGCUGUUGUUGAGGGGAGCCCCACAUUGCGGUUGUUCAUGAGAGUGGCGCAGGGGACUGCCGAGGACGUUGCAAUGCUUGCCGCUGAGGAUGCCUGGCUUUUUAGAACGCCCGCGCAUGUUGGGAUGCCCCCUGCUGUAUGGCAUAAUUAUGAUUUCACCAAAAAAUGA